AUGGCCGCUAUGACCCUCCAGGAGAGGCCGGAUACGUUGAAUGUAAAGGCUGCAACGAAAUCGGUGGCACAGUUGGGCCGACAACGGCAGUGGAAAGAAGCACUCCACACUCUUCGAAGACUGUCGUGGGCUCGUGUGCCGUUUGAUCAGAUCCUCCUUGGGGCUGCCGUUGGUGCCUGUGGAGUGCCGUCUGCCUGGGAGUCUGUUCUCGCCUUGUUGUGUGCAGCGGAGGCUGACAACUCUGGCAAGUCUGGCAAUACUGGCAUGCUUUCGACUGCGCUUUUGAAUUCGGGCAUGGACAGCCUGGUGAAGGCUGGCCAGUGGCAGUGGGCGCUGCACCUGUUGCAUGAGAUGUCAGCCGAGAAGUCGGUGGUCAGCUACAGUUCGGGCAUCCGGGCGGCUGCACUCGGGCGGCAGUGGCCGACGGCCCUGCGCCUCCUCCAGGAUCUCCGGGAGAGCGGCCUCAGAUGUGAUACAAUCCUGUGUGGCUCCGUGAUGACGGCCUGUGCACGUGCCGGCCAGUGGGAGACGGCGCUCGUGCUGCACGAGGACAUGUCUUCCCAGCUGGUUCCAACAGACGCCUUGGUCUUCGAUGCCCUGAUUCGUUCCUGCGAACCAGGCCCUCCACUACUCCAAGAGAUUUGA